AUGGCUAAAUUACCACCAGAGAUACUGUCCAAGGUAUUUCAAGGCCUUGAUUACAAGGACAAGCUUGAGUGUGCUGUCGUAUGCCAGGCUUGGUGUGGAACAGCAUUGCAUUAUUUAAACAGCAAACUUCGUCUCAAGACUAGAGAAGAUGUUACCAACCUCUUUAUGAAACUCUGUGCACUCGAAGGCACCAUUGAUGGCAGAAGCAUUCGCCAACUUUUAUUUUCAAGAACUUGGGGAACCAGCCUUGCUUCGGUACAAAAGACAAUCUUUAUAUACAUAUUAAGCGAAUGCAAGCACCUUCAAGUACUGGAAUUUGAAGAGGAACAUAGUACUGAACUCUAUUGUGAUUACAUGAUUCGAUACAGAAGCGUUUUACAAUUGGGAUCUUUACAACGCAUCAUAGCACCAUCAGCAGCAAGAUACAGCAGCAGUUACCUGCUUGUAAACUGGGAGUACCGUCAAAGCAUCAAUCAGUUAGAGUUUGAAUUGGUCAAAGAUAACCUUGAAGACAUCCCUAAUGUGGUCGAUGUCUAUUCCUAUAUACGUCAGUUCUCCGCACUGCAUACACUGAUAUUGGGAUUUCACACUAUGGUAUGUCUCCACAGCUUAUUGUGUGCUUGUCCUCAGUUAGGGUCGCUGCAAUUGUACUAUGGAUGCGUAAGAAAUCACCUCAAAAUAUAUCAAGAGCAUGAAAAACCUGACCAGCAAAGCAACUUUCAUACCAACUUUCAACUCAAGUACUUGGACAUUGAUGCCCAAUAUGUCAGCCAAGAUUUGUUUAAAUACUUGCAUGAUCAUACUGGCAUGCUGACCCACUUGUCCAUCAAUAACAACUCUGCCAACACCGAAACAUUUGCUGAAGCAUUCACUACACCAUUUGUUGUUGACACCACAUUACCCAUUAGAAGCAUGAAGAUCAAUUACCAUCAGGUUAUGUCCAAUGAAAUGAUAGCAGGUCUCAAUGACAACUUCCAUGCUUUAAAGAGAAUCGACUUUCACUACUGCAAAUUCGGACAUAUCCUGACUCAAGACAACAACCUUUUACUCAACUUCAAUGCACUGCGCUUGGAUUACUUGUCAGUUGACUUUACAAGCAUCGUUUCUCAGAAUACCCUCAUCAACUCCAUGUGCUUAGUGGUCAAACGCCACAAAAAAGAAACCUUGUUCUAUCAAAGAGCGACCAAGUGGAGCCAGCACUUAUUUACUAGAAAUGAAGCACUUCGCUACACAAGCAGCAAUGCGCAAGCUAAAAGAAUCGUAUCCACUAGCGUUGCAGUUAUCACUGUCGAGGCAAAAAAGUUGAAUUACAUUCGAAUGCAUUGUAAUGGAUACCGAGACUUUAGCCAAGUCAUUACCUUGGAUUAA